GUGCCCCUCCCGAGAUGGCUGCAGGGCUGUUGCCCGUCGCGGCGCCAGAGGAGACACCCGCAGCUGCGAACGGAUUCCUUUCGGCCGGGCUUCACUCCUGUGCAGGGCUUCUGACAGCGCCCCGGAGCGGCGGAGGGUUGGCGCUGACCCUUUCGGCGCAGCCUGCGCUGGACUCCACGCACCGAGUGCUGGGGCCUGUGCUUGCGGGACGUCGCUGCUUCCGACGGCUGGAGGCGAUGGCGCCGCUGUCCCUUGAGGCCCACCCCCGCGUGCCCGUCUUCUUGCAGCUGCCGAAGACGGAGGAGGAGAUUCCGUCAGGACCUCCGGCGCCGCUGCGAUUAGAGCCCUUCCCUGAAUCCGCUGCGGAGCCCUUUGCGGAGGAUCCAGAGAAGGAGGGCGCCGCCUUGUCGCCGGAAGAGAUCAUCGACUUGGCAGAUGCUGAGCUCAACGGCCGAGAUGUAGAGGUUGCCGAACUCAAGCUGGCCACGUUCA